AUGAAAUGUUUAAAAUUAUUUUCUUUUAAAUCAUCAAAAAAAAAUUUGCAUAAAAACAAAUUAAAUUCGGAAUACAAAAACGCAUAUUCGUGUGAAGAUAAAACAGUGAAAAAAUAUAAGAGAAAAGUAUGUGAAACUUUAUUUUGUAAAUACAUUAAUGUAUUAAUUUGGUAUAUACUAUUAUAUAUUAUUAUAUUGAAUGUGUGCCUGUGGAAUAGUAUAUCCUCUUAUGAUAUAGAAUUUAAUUAUAUAUAUGGAAGAAAGUUAUAUUCUACUGAGAGUUUAAAUAGAGAAAAAACAAAUACAGAAAAAACAAUUAUAAGUAAAGUAAAUUUAUUGCCUAAUGAAAUUAUAUUAUCAAAUUUAAAAAAUGAAAAUAAUAAACGUGAAGAGUCCGUUUUAGAAUUUAAUGAACAAUUAAUUGAAAAUCUGCAAAAAUAUAAAUUAUGGAAUAAUUAUAUUGCAAUACCGUAUGUUAAAAAAUAUAACCCAAUUAAAUAUAAUGAUAUAGAUAACGAACUAAAUGAAAAAAUUGAUAAUGUAGGAAAAAAUGGAGAAGAUAUUAUAAGUGAAAUGAAUAAUUUGUGGUUACAAGUAAUGAAUAAUGAAAAAUCUAAAUAUUUAUCUUUAAUACAUCGUUUACAUAAAUAUUAUUAUAAUAUAAAAGUAAAAUAUAAAAUACCGAAUGAUUAUCAUAAUGCGAAAUGGAAAGAAUGUUAUGAAAUUAUAAAAAUGGGUGAAGAAGAUAUUGAAAAAAGAUUAAAUAAAAUGUUUAAAGAUUGUUUUAAGCAAAAAAUGAUAUAUUUAGAAGAUUAUAGAAGAUUAACGGUUGCUUGUAUAAUUGCUUGGAAGGCAUUAUCUAAUUAUGUGCAAAAUUCAUGUAGAAAAGUUAUGUCUGUAUAUUUUAAUUGUAUUAAAAAGUAUAAUAAAAAUAUGUACAUAGACAUAAACCAAUUUAAUAAUAAUAAUAUUAAUACAAAAAAAUAUAAUACACAAUUAUAUGAAGGUAAAAAUUUUGGAAAAAUAAAUUUCUGUGAAUGCCUUAUCAGUGCUCCGUAUAUUGAUGAAGAUAAUUCGGAUGCCUUAUUAAGUGUAGAAGAUAUUUUUUGUAUAGAAUUAGAGAAAGGAAAUAGUAAAAUGGAAAAUGAAGAAUUAAAUAUGAACGAUGAAAGGGAAAAUAGAGGGAAUCCAAAUGGAAAUAUGGAAGAAACAAAACAAAUUAAAUUAUGUGAUAUUAAAAAUGAUAAUCCACAUGACAAUACAUGUAUCAAUCAAAAUGAUAUUGCUAGUAAUAGUUCAAGUGAUGAUACAGAUAAUGAUAUAAAUGACGAUAUAAAUAUAUUUCAUCAGUCAAAAAAAUAUAGUAGAAUACCAAGGUAUGAUACAUCUAAUCUAAAAGGUUAUAAUAAAAAUAGUUAUUAUCUUGAUCUAGAAGCGGAGUGGUUGUUCAAUAGUUUUUUAGAAAUCAAAAAGUUGGAUGAAAAAAUUAAAAAUAAAAAAAGACGAAGAAAUAAAGAAAAUAUGAAUAAUCCUUUAUCACCUGAUAAUUCAGAAAAUGUGUUUGUUGAUAAGACUUAUUACGAUAUAUUAAAUGUAAAUCCUGAUGCAGAUUUUGUGGAAAUUAAGAAUAGUUAUUAUAAAUUAGCACUAAAAUAUCAUCCAGAUAAAAAUAAAGGGGAUGAAGAAGCAAAAUUAAUGUUUCAAAAAAUAAAUGAAGCAUAUCAAGUAUUAAGUGACGAAGAGAGAAGAGAACAAUAUGAUAAUUACGGGAAAAAUGCAACACAAAAUAUGUUUCUUAUAGAUGGAUCUUUUUUUUUCACUUUAGUAUUUAGUUCAGAGAAAUUAUGUGAUUAUAUAGGAACAUUACAGAUAUCUACCUUUGUUAAAUUAGUGCAUGAAAGAGGUAUGAAUUCAAAUGAUUUAUUACAUAGUAUGAGAGAAAUACAAAAUAAAUUAUCAAGAGAACAAGAUAUUAGAGAAACCGAACUAGCACUUUUAUUACGAGAUUUAUUACAACCAUACGUAGAUGGUGAUCCAAAUUGGGAAAAGCGUAUGGAAGAAGAAAUUAGUUCUUUAAUAUAUUCUAAUUAUUCAUCUUCCAUUUUAAAAUCUAUAGGAUGGACUUAUAAAAAUGUUGCCAAAACGUUUAUAAAAGAAAAUAAGUCAUUUUGUGGAUUAGGUGCUGAAAUUACAAAAAUGAAAGCUGAAUUUCGACAUAUAAAUAAUUGUAGUAAGGUUACUAGAUCAGCUAUAAGAUUAAACAGUAAAAUAUUCAAAAAUAUACAAGAUAAUAAAAUGCUAAUGGGAAAUUUAUCCUUAAUGAAUAAUAAUAAGAUUACUGAUGGUAAUUAUAGAACCUUUGAUAAUGAUUCUAUGAAUGAUGAAGGGAAAAGUAGUAGUAAAAAUGAUGUUAUAGUGUACGAUAAUAACACUACAGAAAUUUUAAAAGAGAAAAGUAAAAUAGUAGCAGAUAUUUUAGAUGAUAUAUUUACUAUAGUUUUGUGUGAUAUUGAAUUAACAGUUAGAUAUGCUGCUGAUAGGGUCUUAAGAGAUGAAGGUUGCAAUAAAGAAAUACGUUUAAAAAGAGCAGAAGGUAUAAAAAUAGUAGGGAAUUUAAUGAAUAAAUGGGCAAAGAUUAAGAAACAACAGAUGAAAGACAAUAAAAUUGAUAUCACUGAUACAAUAGAAAGUGCAUUACAUGUAUCAAGAAUAAGGAGUAGGAACCAAAAGGAUUAG